AUAAGUAGGACAGAUUGCCCGUGCGAGAGAGGCAUGGAGCCGGAAACGGAGAUGGAGAUGGAGCAGCCAAAGCAGCAGGAAGAGAAGGUGAGAGGUUUACUCGCAUUGGCUCGUCAGCUCAUCAGCCAAGGAAAGCCUUCUCAUGCCCUUCAAGCGGUGGUUGCAGCUAUGAGAUCCGAGGGUGGAGAUGCUGCCGUUUUUCAAACCCUGCACCGUGCCCGUGAGCUUUAUAGAAAUAAAUUGCAAGCGAAUGCUGCUGCGGAAGAGCUGGCUUCCUUGUUCGCUGAGUGUGCUAUAACUGAAGCACAUCCAUUAAAACCUGAGACUCUGCCGUGUGACGUGGGUGGGCCAUCUGAAAUGAUGCCUGACACCCAAGGAAAUUCUAUACUCGCUAAGACUGGCAGAAAGCAAAUUGUAUUGGAUGCUUUUUCAGAUGGCAGCAGCUUCAUCUGCUUACAAUGUGGAGGCCUUGUCGGCAACCAAAGGAAAGAUGAGCACUUUGCAUACUGGUGUUGUCCAAUCUGAUCACAGGUACAUGCAUGCAUCCGUAAUGAAUGUCUGCUGUUGAUUAGUGUAAAUACUCUGAGCGAUGUAUUGUUAUGUUAUUAAAAAUGAUCAUCAUCUGCUUGAGUGGUGGCAGGCUAACAUGCCAGCUUCA